GUCGCGCCGUGCGGCUCUUCGCAGACACCGCCCCGUGCCCUUUGACCCCCCCCACGCGCAUGCGCGGCGCAUGCGUGGCCCGGGGUCUCGGGGCGUUGCUGGGAAACAUCUGCCGACGGUUGCGGUGGGCACCGGCCGACAUGGCGGCCGUGGCGGCGGCUGCGCUGGCGCGGCUUGUGGCGGCCUUUCUGCUCCUCGCGGCCCAGGUGGCCUGUGAGUACGGCAUGGUGCACGUGGUCUCCGAGGCUGGGGGCCCCAGAGGCAAAGACUACUGCAUCCUCUACAAUCCGCAGUGGGCCCAUCUGCCGCAUGACCUCAGCAAGGCGUCUUUCCUGCAGUUGCGCAACUGGACGGCCUCCCUGCUCUGCUCCGCAGCGGACCUCCCUGCCCACGGCUUUGGCAACCAGAUCCCGCUGGUGGCCCGGGGGAACUGCACCUUCUAUGAGAAAGUGAGGCUGGCCCAGGGCAGCGGAGCACGCGGGCUGCUCAUCGUCAGCAGGGAGAGGCUGGUCCCCCCGGGGGGCAAUAAGACGCAAUAUGAUGAGAUUGGCAUUCCUGUGGCCCUGCUCAGCUACAAAGACACGUUGGACAUCUUCAGGCGUUUCGGCCGCAUGGUGAGGGUGGCACUGUACGCGCCUCAUGAGCCAGUGCUGGACUACAACAUGGUCAUCAUCUUCAUCAUGGCCGUGGGCACUGUCGCCAUCGGCGGCUACUGGGCCGGGAGUCGGGACGUGAAGAAAAGGUACAUGAAGCACAAGCGCGACGACGGGCCUGAGAAGCAGGACGACGAGGCGGUGGACGUGACGCCAGUGAUGACCUGCGUGUUCGUGGUGAUGUGCUGCUCCAUGCUGGUGCUGCUCUACUACUUCUAUGACCUCCUCGUGUACGUGGUCAUCGGGAUCUUCUGCCUGGCCUCCGCCACCGGCCUGUACAGCUGCCUGGCGCCCUGUGUGCGGCGGCUGCCCUUCGGCAAGUGCAGGAUCCCCAACAACAGCCUGCCCUACUUCCACAAGCGCCCGCAGGCCCGCAUGCUGCUCCUGGCGCUCUUCUGCGUGGCCGUCAGCGUAGUGUGGGGUGUCUUCCGCAAUGAGGACCAGUGGGCCUGGGUCCUCCAGGACGCCCUGGGCAUCGCCUUCUGCCUCUACAUGCUGAAGACCAUCCGUCUGCCCACCUUCAAGGUGAGCGCGGGGAGGGUGCGGCUACGGGGCAGCGUGGGUGGCGGGGGGCCUUCCCCCCAGCCUGGCCCAUGUGGGGCUGUGGUCCUUGCAGGUCUGUGCUCCUGCUCACUGCCCUGGCUACGGCCACCUAGGCCUGUUGUGAAGGAGCCAAAGACAUAUACACACCGGCUCCGCCCGCCCACCAUCCACAAGAACAAACAACCGCUCCCACCGCCCAUCCCAUCACCCCGCUCCCUCACUCAACCCCCUUCUGUGCAGAGUGGGAGCAGCAUCAUGGUGGAGGUGGCCACGGGGCCCUCGGACUCAGCUACCCGUGAGAAGCUGCCCAUGGUCCUGAAGGUGCCCAGGCUGAACUCCUCGCCUCUGGCUCUGUGUGACCGGCCCUUCUCCCUCCUGGGUUUCGGAGACAUUUUGGUGCCAGGGCUGCUGGUGGCCUACUGCCACAGGUUCGACAUCCAGGUACAGUCCUCCAGAGUAUACUUCGUGGCCUGCACCAUCGCCUAUGGCGUUGGCCUCCUGGUGACGUUCGUGGCGUUGGCCCUGAUGCAGCGUGGCCAGCCUGCUCUCCUCUACCUGGUGCCCUGCACGCUGGUGACAAGCUGCGCCGUGGCACUCUGGCGCCGGGAGCUGGGCGUGUUCUGGACGGGCAGCGGCUUUGCGAAAGUCCUACCUCCAUCUCCGUGGGCCCCAGCGCCAGCCGACAGCCCGCAGCCUCCCAAAGACUCGGCCACACCGCUGUCCCCGCAGCCACCCGGCAAAGAACCAGCCACGCCUCCCCAGCCUGCUGAGCAGCCCCCCGAACCGUGUGUGCCCGAGGAGAUGGGGGCUGGAGCCCCUACGCGGGAGCCUGGGAGUCCGGCUGAACCCGAGGGCCGGGACCAGGCCCAGCCGUGCCCGGUAGCCCAGCCUGGUGCCUUGGCCUAGGGGAGGGGUGAGACGCUCGCUGCCGUGCCCGCCAUACCAAGAUGUUGGGGCUGCCUGGCGCCCGCUGGAGACAGACGGACAGAUGCCUGUCCCCGGCACUGAGGCCUGUGCUGUCCCCACCCGCCCCAACAUGGUGCUCAUCCUUGCCGAGACCCCCGUGGUCCGUGCCCGCGCCCAGCCCAGCUGCACGCCUGCUGCUCCAAGCUCGCCCGGCUGCCACAAGCCCUCUGCGGGUCCGUCCUCCUCCCCACUGGAGUCCGUCCUCGCAGGCCCUGCCCGGCCUCUCUGCAGACCCUCAAGCGCCGUCUGCAUGAGUGAGCAGGCGUGGGUGGACUCUGGCCGCAGACACACUUGGUGCUCACCGGCCGCUUCGUCCUUCAGGUGACCUUCCUCCCCACGGCAUCCUGUUCUCGGGCGGAGGAGCAGCUUUGUCUCCCAGAAGGCAUCGCUUUUCCCUCUCGAGCAGAUCGGAGCCCCUGGGAGGUUUGGAAGCCACCUCCAAGCCUAGGACACGGCCUGGUGUCCGGGGCGGCAUCUGGACCCUGACGCUGGCUGAGACAGGCCUGUGGGGCAGGGUUUCGGGGCGUGAACGAGGCUGGCAGUGAGUGGACAAGCCGUUCCCCUGGCUCAGGCCCCGCCCUGCCCUCAGCCGGAGGCACCUGGCCGUGCCUGCACACUCCUCCCCGUUUUAAUAAACAGUCGCAACUUCUAGAAGUCCUGCUGGUGCCACCUGGUGGGGUGGACAUCUCAGACUGCCCUUCUCACAAGCAGGAGUAGGCGCCAGGCAGGCUGGGUCAGGCCCUCGGGGGUCCCUGGGGCCCUGGGAGGGAGGGACUGGGCUUCGGGAGGUCCUGGCUGCUCCUGGCACCCAACCUCACUCCCCGCGCGGGCCCUGUGUUGCUUUUCCGCCGAGAGGGGCUUGGGCCUGGGUUCUCCCUGUGGCAGCGGCAUUGGUGCGUGGUUCUUAACCCUCUGGACCCAGCAUCUAGGAGCUUCUGGAACCCAUGAGGACAUCUGCCACUGGCGUGGUCUACUCACUGAUGAGGUUCUCCUGACUCCGGGGCAGAGACGUCCAUGCAGGAACUGACUGAGGCGUGGCCCCAGGCCCUGGCAUCCUCCCCUCGCUGCACGUGGUCACUUCUGAAGCAGCGCUCCCUGUGGCCGCAGCGACAGAGCCUGCACCCUGGCUGUCUGCGGCGCCAGGGCCCCAGCUCCCGCCUGCCACCCACCCUGUCCACACAGCCUCCAGACUUGAGUCCAGAAUCUGUUUCUGUCAAGUCAGUCACCCCCAGCUGCACACGGGGACUGCUGAGCGCUGCGCUCUCACGGGUCUGUUCCCGUCAGAGGGUGGCAGGGGUGAGCCCCGAUCCCUUCCAGAAAAUACCAGCUUCCCAGGGAGUAAUGGCACCUUCACUGAAGCCAUUUUGUACAUGGGCACAGGGUGGGGACCUCUCUUUUUUGGUGUUGGACGUUGGACCAGUGGGGAGGGGUUCAGAGGCGGCGGUCCUGUCCUUGACUCCGUCUGUCGGUGUGGCCUUGCUGCCGUUCAGUCUGAUCAUUAAACACAGCUUUUGAUACACGUG